AUGGCUCCUGUCGACGCACCAGAAGGCGUCAUUCGCCCCAUCGUCUUCUUCGAUGUCAACAUCGGGGAUCACUCUGCUGGGCGUAUCAAGAUAGAGCUGUUCAGCGACAUCACGCCUAAAACUGCGGAGAACUUCCGGCAGCUGUGUACAGGCGAGCAUAGGGUCAACUCUGUGCCGCAGGGCUACAAGAACGCGACGUUUCAUCGGAUCCCACAGUUCAUGAUCCAAGGCGGCGACUUCAUCCGUCACGACGGCACUGGCACGUUCUCAAUCUACGGUGCGCAGUUCGAGGACGAGAAUUUCACGAUCAAGCACACCGGGCCGGGUCUGCUGUCGAUGGCCAACUCUGGGCCAGGGACGAAUGGGUGCCAGUUCUUUAUCACGACUGCACCUGCCGAGUUCCUCGACGGCAAGCACUGCGUGUUCGGGCGAGUCAUCGACGGGCUGCUCACCGUGCGCAAGAUCGAGAACGUCCCCACCGGGACGCAGAACAAAUGA